UACCUUCCAUUUUCUUUUCUUGGAAAUACUCGCCAAAAUGGGGUUUCCAAUGGAAAAACAAAUGGUUUUUCUUGGUCUUGUGGUUCUCUUUCCUUUACUUUGUACCUCUGAUAACACCUUUACAAGCUCCAGAGCCACCUAUUAUGGUAGCCCUGAGGCAUACGGAACUCCAGGUGGUGCCUGUGGGUAUGGAGGAUAUGGAAAGACUGUCAAUUUUGGCAAUGUUGCUGGAGUUUCUAGGCUCUACAGGAAUGGAUCUGGCUGUGGUGCUUGUUAUCAGGUUAAGUGCACAGAUACUGAAUAUUGCAGUGAUGAUGGGGUGAACGUAGUGGUGACUGACUCUGCUGAAGGAGACAGAACAGAUUUCGUUCUCAGCACAAGAGCCUACACAAAGUUGGCAAAGCCAAACUUGGCCAUGGAGAUGUUUGAUUAUGGUGUUGUUGAUGUCGAAUACAGAAGGAUCUCUUGCAAGUACUCUGGUUACAAUCUCAUGAUCAAGGUCCAUGAGCAAAGUAGAUAUCCACAAUACUUGGCCAUAGUCAUUCUAUACGUAGCAGGACAAAAUGACUUAACAGCAGUCGAGUUGUGGCAGGAGGGUUUGAAGGAAUGGAACCCUAUGAGAAGAGCCUCUGGGGCAGUAUUUGACUACGCCAACCCACCAUCAGGUUCUAUAAACUUGAGGUUCCAACUGAGUGGAAAUGCUGGCUAUACCUGGGUCCAAUCCAACAAUGCCAUCCCUGGUUGUUGGAAAGCUGGUGCUGUCUAUGAUUCAUCCAUUAAGCUUGCUUAGAUGGAGUUUAGUGUGUGUGCAAGUAUAUAUAUAUAUAUAUAUAUAUAUUUACACACCAUGUUUUCAGUUGCUUUGUGUUUGGUGUAAUGAUAUAUAGUGUGGCAGAGUAGGGUGCAGUUCCUCUGCUGCCUCUGCUCAAUAAAUAAUUAGAUCUGUACUUUCAUAUA